AUGUUGUCCCGUCGUGCGUGCUACAAGUGUGGCAACAUUGGCCACUAUGCCGCUAAGCAGUGCUACAACUGCCAGGGCGUCGGCCACGUCCAGGCUGACUGCCCCACCUUGCGCCUGAACGGUGGUGCCAACGGCCGCUGCUACAACUGUAGCCAGCCUGGCCACCUUGCUCGCAACUGCACCAACCCCGCUGCCCCCGGCGCUGGCCGUCCCACUGGCCACCGCGGUGGCUUCCAGGGUGGUUUCCGUGGCGGCUUCCAAGGCUACCCCCGUGCCGCUACUUGCUACAAGUGCGGUGGCCCCAACCACUUCGCCCGUGACUGCCAGGCUCAGGCUAUGAAGUGCUAUGCCUGCGGUAAGCUCGGUCAUAUCUCCCGUGACUGCACCGCGCCCAACGGUGGCCCCUUGAGCUCCGCUGGCAAGGUCUGCUACAAGUGCGCCGAGGCCGGUCACAUCUCCCGUGACUGCCCUACCAACUCCGCUGAGGCGGUCGCUACUCCCACUGUUGAUGUCGUCGCUGAUGCGGCCGUCCCCGGUGCCGUUCCUGUUGAGGCGGCUGCUGCUGCUGCUACUGUCGAGACUCCUGCCGAGACUGCUCCCAUCCCGGCUGCGGCUCCUACCACUGCUGUCGCUUAA